UCCAAGAUGAGUCUCAGCAACAAGGUGGUGAUCGUGACGGGAGCCAGCAGCGGCAUUGGUGCUGCCAUUGCCCAGGUACUGGCCCGCGAAGGUGCCACUUUGGCCCUGGUGGGACGCAACGUCGCGAAUCUCGAGGCCACCAAGAAUAAUCUGAAGGGCACCAAAGCCGAAAUUGUGGUGGCUGAUGUGACCAAGGAUGCGGCGGCCAUAGUCAAACAGACUUUGGACAAAUUCGGACGCAUCGAUGUUCUGGUUAAUAAUGCCGGCAUUCUGGGCGCGGGCGGUCUCAUCGAUCUGGACAUUGAGGAGUUUGACUCUGUGAUGAAUACCAAUCUGCGUGGCGUUAUCCUCCUGACUAAGGCUGUCCUGCCGCAUCUACUGAAGACCAAGGGAGCCGUGGUUAAUGUGAGCAGCUGUGCUGGCAUUCGUCCAUUUGCCGGUGCUUUGAGUUAUGGCGUCUCGAAGGCUGCCCUCGAUCAGUUUACCAAAAUCGUGGCCAUGGAGAUGGCACCGCAGGGUGUGCGCGUCAAUUCGGUGAAUCCUGGCUUUGUGGUGACGAAUAUUCACAAGACCUUCGGCAUUGCGGAUGAGGAUUAUAAGGGUGUAUUGCAGCGGGCCAUUAACGCGCAUCCCAUGGGCCGUGUGGGUGAUGUUACAGAAGUGGCCGAGGCCGUGGCCUUCUUGGCCAGCUCCAAGGCCAGCUUCACCACCGGCGCCCUCUUUCCCAUCGACGGUGGCAAGCACAAUCUGACGCCUCGUUAAGCGUUCUCCGUAAUUACGUUUUCUCCAUUACAUUCCUUCAUCGCUUCCUUCUUCUUUAUUAUUAUUUUUUUUUUUUUUUUGUUUGUUUGUUGAAAUAAAUAAAUUGUAACCACACUGAA